GGACCAGGGAUGGGCUGGUUUGUUGACAGGAAGUGUGUGAGAACUGAAAGCGGGAGGAAAACUGUUGACUUUUGCGCCUCGGUAAGUCGCAACGUCGAAGUAAAUUAUGACUUUUAAGGACGACAGCAGGCAAAGAUGCAAUGGAGGUCAAUAGUCGUGGGUCUUCUUGUUUUGAGAGUACUGCUAAAUUGCGCGGUGUGGCUAGUGUUUGGACUGGGACCCAGCUGGGGCUUUGACUUCCCCAUUAAAUUCUCGUUCAACUUGCAUAAAAUUGAACUUCUCAAUGAUGGCGAGAGAGUCACCGUCAAAACUAACCAGUGGCCACAGCACGUGUACGACCACAGAAACCUUCAAGCAAAGACCUGCUCCAAGAUUAAUGGGAAUUCACCCAAGAAAUCCUACCUCAGCUUCUUUCAGGAGGGCAGAGAUGAAUAUGACAGAAAGUACAGCUCCUUCCCUGACGCGCUGAAAGUGAAAAUGAGGGGAAUGGCGCGAGACAUGUUUUAUUUCGGAUAUGAUAACUACAUGAAGUUUGCCUUUCCAGAGGAUGAACUUAACCCUAUAGCUUGUGAAGGUCGAGGGCCUGACGUCCUCAACCCGUCAAAUAUCAACAUCAACGAUGUCCUUGGAAACUACUCCUUGACCCUCAUCGAUGCUCUUGAUACGCUGUUGGUGCUUGGAAAUGUGACAGAGUUCCAUCGAGCUGUUAAGCUGGUGAUUGAGACGGUGUCUUUUGACAAGGACUCCACUGUUCAAGUCUUUGAGGCCAACAUUAGAAUCCUUGGCAGUUUGAUCUCAUCCCAUAUUCUGCUGACUGACCCACUGCAUCCUUUUGGGGACAUAGGGCUAAAGGACUAUGACAAUGAGCUGCUGCACCUGGCACAUGACCUGGCUGUUCGACUGCUACCUGCCUUUGAGAACACUGGCACAGGCAUCCCCUAUCCCAGGGUGAAUUUAAAGAAAGGUGUCCCUCCUGACAGCAUUAAUGAGACGUGUACGGCAGGGGCGGGUUCUCUGCUCGUGGAGUUUGGCAUUCUUAGCCGUCUGAUUGGCGACUCCACAUUUGAGUGGGUCGCCCGGCGGGCUGUUAAAGCUCUGUGGAACUUGAGAAGCAAUGAAACUGGGCUGUUGGGGAAUGUGGUGAACAUUCAGACUGGUCAGUGGGUGGGGAAGCAGAGCGGUCUUGGUGCCGGCAUGGACUCAUUCUACGAGUACCUCCUUAAGUCUUACAUCUUAUUUGGAGAGAAGGAAGAUUACAUGAUGUUCUCUGCAGCUUACGAGAGCAUUCAGAGUCACCUGAGAAGAGGAAGAGAGGCGUGUAAUGAAGGAGAGGGUGACCCACCACUGUAUGUGAAUGUGAACAUGUUUAAUGGGCAGAUCAUGAACACAUGGAUUGACUCUCUGCAGGCAUUCUUCCCUGGACUACAGGUUUUGAAUGGAGAUGUUGAAAAUGCCAUUUGCCUUCAUGCCUUCUACUAUGCAAUCUGGAAGCGUUUCGGGGCUCUUCCUGAGAGAUACAACUGGCAGCUUCAGGCCCCAGAUGUCCUCUUCUACCCUUUAAGACCUGAACUAGUGGAAUCCACAUACCUGCUCUAUCAGGCAACCAAGAAUCCUUUUUAUCUUCAUGUUGGGAUGGACAUCCUUGAAAGCCUCGAAAAAAAUACCAAAGUCAGGUGUGGUUAUGCCACUCUCCAUCAUGUGGUGGAUAAGUCCAAAGAAGAUCGCAUGGAGAGUUUCUUCCUCAGUGAAACCUGCAAAUACCUUUUUUUGCUCUUUGAUGAAGACAACCCGCUGCACAAGUCUGAGAAUAAGUACAUCUUCACUACAGAAGGCCAUGUAGUGCCGAUAGAUCAACGCUUCAGGGAGAAAAGUUGGGAAGAGCAAUUCCCAUGUGAAGAGCCUACCAAAGAGCCCCCAGCCAACACGAGCAACUGUGAAAGGAUUUCCGAAGAGAGACGUUAUGGCCUUCCUCUAAAGAGCAUGUACAUGAGGCAAAUCGACCACAUGGUGGGGCUGUCCUGACAUCCGUCCUGCUCCCUGGAGGUCUCAACACUUACAAACCCCCUGGAGGGGUUCGAUAACUCUCCCAUCAGAGAACUUUGCAGUCUCUUUUUGCACAUGGAGUGGCAAGGUAUUUGGGCAACAAAUCAACCAGUACGUUUUUUUUUU